AUGGCGUCCACGGUUCAUAAGACGGCGUCUACGCACAAGUCGGCGGUGGUCCGAGGCACGCACGAGUUCCAUAUCGUCGGCUGCAGCGGCCGCAAGCGCUUCGCCAGUGUGGGCGUCACCAGCGUCACCUCCAUCAAGUCCGGCUCCUUCCUGGCCGGCGGACACACCUGGGCCCUCGCCUGCGGCUUCGACCAUGAAGGUCACCUCGCGACCAUCACACUCGAGCUUCUCGGCAUCGGCGCCAAGGACGGCGCCAAGGACGUCGUUGCCACUGCGGGCAUCAGGAUCGAGGACCCGCUUGGUGAUUGGCCGCCCGCCGUGUGGCGAAGCCAGGACGCCAUGAUAUUCCAAGCGAAUAGAACCUGGGAGCUGUCCGUUCCAGAAGAUUACCAUGGCCAUGAAUCCCGCUACGUGAGAGACGACAGGCUCAGCGUCCAAUGCACCGUCGACGUCUUGGAGGAGUACUCACCCGAAGCUGCUGUGGAGACUAGGAACUGUUUCGUCUGCGUGGUGCCGCCGCCGACCAUUGCUCAGGAUCUCCACAAACUUCUACUUGCCGAUGAGUCGGGCUAUGAGGAGAGGAGGCGACGUUGCAUGGAGCCAGAUGUGAUAUUCGUCGUGGAGGAGACCGAGAUCCAGGCGCAUAAGCUGGUGCUCGCGAUGCGAUCAUCGGUCUUCGCCGCGGAGUUCCGGUGGCACACGAACGGGACGCGCCUCAGCAUCGAUGACAUUAGCGCAUCCACCUUCAGGGCUAUGCUCCGCUUCAUCUACACGGACGAGCUUCCCAUUAAAGCAAGCAAUACAGCGGCCCAGCCCCAGCGUGCGUGCAAAGAGAAGUAUGCAUCGAAGCGGUGUGGAUCCAUGGCACGCGACCUGCUCGUGGCCGCGGAUCGGUACGACCUGGAGAGGCUGAGGCUCAUGUGCCACAACAUAUUAGCAGAGAGCAUUGACACCUCGACUGUCAUGGGGACAUUGUUGCUGGUGCGUGGCCGUCACAGCUGCCGUGAACUCGAGGAUUCCUGCAUCGAGUACAUAGCAUCUCACCCCGAGGUAUACGCCGGUGUGAUGGCGACGGAGGAGUGCCAGGAGCUCAAGAAAAGCUGCAGCCCUUUGAUUAUCGAGAUCAUGGAAAGAGUAGCCACGCACAACCACAACCGCAACGGGGCCUUCGAGUCCUCCUCCACGCCGGGCAGGCUUCUGGAAAAGAGCUGGUCAAUGUAUAGUGCGUCAGAGGAGGUACACGGCGUCCACGAGUUCAGGAUCCAUAACUUUUGCCACGUCAUGAGGAGCCUUGGUGUUUACCAAACGAUCUGUUCGGGCAGUUUUCAGGUCAGCAAUUACGAUUGGAUGUUGGAGAUGUACCCAUCAGAAGAGCGCCAAGGGAGUAUCUGUAUGGACCUCAGGCUGUUGAGUUACCCACCAGCCGAUGGUAUCAAGGUGAACGAGAACUAUCUGGUCUACGACCCAAGUGCAAAGGCUCCUGUGAAUGUGAUAAAAGAUGCAGUUGUCCCCACCACAUAUACCCAAAAGGAUGAAGCCUGGGGAUACGAAAACUUUAUUACAUUUGAAUCCGCAAAAUCGCAGUACCUAGCACAUGAUGGUUCCUUAACCAUAUAUGCUAAUAUUGCCAUCACCAAAGAGCAGCCAUACACUAGCUCGAGCAUCCCGACCACGGGGGCCACGGUCAUUGUGCCAUCGUCAAGCAUCGCCUUGCAACUCCAACAACUAAUGGUGAGCGAGCAGGGGGCGGACGUGCGGUUUCUUGUCGAGGGUAGCGAGAUUCACGCGCAUGGUCUUGUUAUUGCUGCGCGAUCGCCAAUCCUAUUUGAAGCGGUGGCGGCGGCAGCGGACAACAACGAUAAUCUCCGUGUUGUAUCCAUUAAUGGCAUCAAGGCAACUGUCUUCAAGGCUGUGCUCCACUUUGUCUACACCGAUGAACUGCCGACCUUUUGUAGCACGGUGAUUGCAGAAGAUGUGCUGGCCGCGGCAUGCCGGCUUGGCCUCGAUAGGAUGAAAAUCAUUUGCGAAAACAUUUUGGCCGAGAAAAUCUCGCAAGACAAUGCGUUCGACAUACUGAUGGUGGCGCGCAGUCACCACUGUUCCAAACUCGAGGAUUACUGCUUGGAUUUCAUUUUGUCGGUUCCACCCUUGGCCAAGGACGUGAUGAAAACGGCCAAGGACCGCUUCCCCUGUAUUGACGCAGAGCGACGAGGCCCCUGCGUGAAGCGUGCCUUAGAUUCUGUUGACCCGGAUCCUUUCAUCCGUUGGCAGGACCUGAAGAUGGGCAAGACCAAAGCUUCGCACCUCGGCAGGUCCGUACCGGAACCAUCCGGUUCCUCGGACGACCUGACCUUGCUCGAGAUCCACGAGCACGCGCCGCCCCUGCAGGCCGAGGUCGGUCCCGAGUUCGUGGACAAGCUCAUGGCCCGGGGCCAGAAGAACAAGAUGCCGGCAUCUGACGCCGGUUCUAGCCAGGCACCUCCCUCGAAGCGCUUCCGGACGGAGCCUUUGGCGGGGAAAGAGGCAUGCGUUAGGCGCUACAAGCGCAAACAGAUGCCGACCUCCUCUGGGUAA